UCGCAGAGAUCAAAGGCGCGGCUUGACCCGGUGUCAGAUGUCCGGAGCCGCGGUCUCCCGUUUGCAGAGCGGCACUGCGCGUCCUGGACACCCCCGCGGAGCUUCAGCGCGCCACCGGCCGAACACAUGACCACGAACACGAGGACGAGGGGUCGCGCUCGGACUAACGCUUCACUUAUCUCCCCCAAAAAAGGAACUCCACAACUCCCGGGACAGAGGUUUAGCAGCGGCGAACCGUGUGACUGCCGCGCGCCCGUGGGGACUAGUUUCGCUUCCCCGCUACUUCGGUAUGCCGCUUGUUUACCGCGCAGUUUGAUGUUGUAAUCUACGCAAAACACUGUUAAUAUUUUUAGAAAGUAGCACAACGUUGCUGCUAUUUACUGAACAACCGAAAUUUACUCUUUAUGUAAAAUAGUUUCGCUUCUCUUUUCUUUACGCCGCCUGUUUACGUCCUAGUUUGACGUUCCAAAGUUGAUCUGCGCGUCUUUUUUUUAAACGUAUGUAUUAAAUUUAACACUGCAUCGCUAUUUUUUACAUGUCAACCAACACUGAAUUUGUUUUGGGUAGUUUAUUUUCACAUUAAAGCGUUGACGCACACUCGGACGUAGAAUGCACCGCACGCGUCUCCGCUGAUGCCCCUGCCGCACUAUCCCGCCGGACCAUGAUCGGCUCCCCGGACUUGCUGGCCUUCUCCGGGGCAGAGGGCUUCGCGGAGGGUUCGGAGGAGGACCUGGAGGCUGCGAGUCUGCCCGAGGAGCUGUCUGUCCCGCUGAUCGGCCCGGACAACCCCUGGAGCUCCUGCGCACGCUUCAACCGAGACUUCAUCCUGGUGGCCGAGUUCUCCGAGCAGGUUGGCCCGUCUCCUGUGCUCACCAUCCCGGACGACCCCAGCGUCAUGGGCUCUUUUGACCUGAACCACUUCUCUGUGCGCAUCAUGUCCGUGGACUACCAAGCGUCCGGCCCCGCUCCGGCCCUGCCCUCGGGUCCCGGCCCCAGGCUAAACUUCAGCGAGGACUCCCGCGUGGUGCUGGGGGACUCGGCCGAGGACGCCUACGCCUACGUCCACCACGUGACCCUGCUGGACCUGGAGGCGCGGGGGAUGGUGAGGCCCUUCUGCAUGGCCUAUGUGUGCUCGGACCAGUCCAAGCUCAUGGACAACUUCUCCGAGCUGUCCAGCGCCUUCUCCAGGGCCUCGGACAGUCUGAAGACGGGCAACAGACAGGCCUUCUCCAUGGAGCUGCAAAGGAAACUCCAGGACCUCGACUAUAGACAGGAGGUGGCGCUGUCCCCGGGCCCCGCGGGGAACCAUCCCACCGGGGAACCCACGGAGCUGGAGGCCGUGGAGCUGUCCAUCCACACCCACCGCGAGCUCCUCCGCCAGGUCACCUCCUACCCCAACAGGAAGCUCAAGCACCCCGACUUCCUGGACCCCUGCCGACGACCCCGCGACCUCCUCCCCGGACCCUGACCCCCGACCUCUGACUCGCCCUCCGCCGCGUCCAGACCCUCCCGGAAGCAGCCCACCCCUACGCGUCCACAGCAGCAGCUCAAGACCCUCCCGGAGCUGAACUUCCUGGAGCUGAGGCUGGCGGACACGGAGACGAGGCUGCGCGGGGACCGGGGCGCGCUCAGGACCUCGUCUGUCAUUGGCUCGCUCUCCAGGGGACUGGCGCUCACCCACUUCCUGUUUGAGCUGUGGGUGAGCGAGGACGCGGAGGACGACGAGGAGGAGGGGGAGGAGAAGAGCAAUGCCACAGCUCGGUUCAGCUCCGAGGCCCCUGACACAGACCCUCUCAGCCUGGAGUCCUUCUUCUCCUGCGUGGAGGAGAUCCCCAUAAAGAUGGAGGUUGAGAAUAGACGCACGCUGACCCCUGACCCCGCUGUUUCCAUGGAGAUGGCCGGGAGCGUGAGCAGUAGCGACAGCAUCGAGGUGCUGGGGACAGAGAGAUCCUUCCGUACACAGCAGAGCAUCAACAGCUGUGAAGGCAAAGAGCCUCCAGGCCUGAUGUGGGAGCCCUCAUCCAAGCGCAUUCCUGUAGACGCAGCCGUGAGGCGGGUCAGAGCGUACGCCCGCAGAGCCAACAGCGAGGACAGCAUCGAGGUCCUGAGCAUCACAGACUCCAUCAUCCCCGAGGACCUGAGUGCCAUCACCGAGGAGGCCGAGCAUUCCCCUCUGCCCAAUGGAGAGCUGCUCUGUGGGGUACUCCCUGAGCCCCUGUCAGAGCCCCUGUCAGAGCCCCUGUCAGAGCCCCUGUCAGAGCCGCCAGAACAGCCUGUGGUCCGGCUAAAGAACACCCCUGUGCAGGAGGAGCAUGGGACAGCAACAACAGAUCCUCCUCUGGACCCCUCAGACUGGCCUGUCCCCGGUGCUCUGUCCCUGGUGCAGUCCCUCCAUGUCCCCUCCCUGUCGGUGGUCUCCCGCUGGUCCCAGAGCGCCACUCCGGCCCGGCUGCUCAGCCUCGACGAGCGCUCGGACUGCACCAGCGCCACAGGCUCCUCUGACCCCCCUCCCCCCGGGCUGUCCUCCGCGCAGGGCCUGAGGAGGAGGCUGAGGAGGCGCAGGAAGGCGGGUCUGCGGGCGCUGCGCUUCCUCAAACAGCACUCCUUCUGCCAACACACGCUCUACUGCCUGCUGUCGGGGCGCCCCCUGGUGGUGCUGGGGGGAGAGGAGGCCCUGGUGAGAAAGGUGGUGGACGGCUUGAAGCUGUUUGUGCCCGCGCCCGGUCCGGACGAGUGCGCCAUCCUGCCCAGUCUGACCAGCCCUCUGCAGCUCACCGACCUGCUCACCCGGAGGCUCAUCGGCAUACACAGGACAUCGGGCAGUGCCUGUGCUGGGGUGCUGGCGUCUCUGAGCCACUACAGUCGUUACCUGUCAGUCAUGGACCUGGACCAGAGGAGCCUGAGGGCCCCGGCCUAUUCGGGCGCUCUGAUUGGCCGCCUGGCAGAACCACAGUGUGGCUUCAGUAAAGGUCUGACGUACCUGAUGCACCUGGAGAGUGAACUGAGCGCACUCCAGAACAAGGCUCUGCUCUACGCCUUCUGUCCUCCCUACAGACAGCGCCCCCUCCUGACAGACUGUGACCGCAGAGUACUGCACUUCCUGUCUGACCUCAUGGCCCAGCACCAUGCCGCCCGUGGCCCCCCUGUGUUGGCCUUCAGCUACUGCUCCACUCAGCUGCACAGGAACACUGCUGCCCCCUAGAGCCCGAUUUUACACCUUUUAAAUGUGAUAAUAUAUAUGUGUUCAUUAAAGUCUAAAGGUUCACUUGGUGUGAUGAGUGAAUCUCACAGCAACGACAGGGUUUAUUCUGCACUGCUCAAAUGUUUUUAAACUGACCAUCUUCACUUCAACAGCUCAGAGACUCAAGAUGAGCCACUCAGUGUGAAGUCAGAUUGUGUCCUUUAAUCCCUCUGAUCUGAGGGUUUAUUGUGUUCUGUUGCACGUAAGAAACAUUUGACCCUGAAACAUUCUCAGGGUUUAGCAAAACUAACUCACACUGACUUCUAGUGACUGUAGAUGUAGGUUUUUACUCAGUGUUUUAAGAUGUGAUUAUGCACCAGCGAGAUGUUGUGCAGACAGGAGCCAGUCUCACUCUACUGCUGCAGGCUCGUCAUCAAACUACUUCAAAAUGCUGUUCAAUAAUACACUUUGCACCUUUUUUUUUUUUAGAGAACACACUUUUUAUUUAAGUGUUGCAUCACAAGCCUUCAAACGGUCAGCAAACAAACGGUCAGCAAACAAACUCUCCAACCAAAUAAAAAUAAACUUAACCAAAUAAAAAUAAACUUAAGAUAACAUUACACUGACCCACUUUGGGUGUUUAGCAGAACUGAUUAAAGUGACUCAAACAGGAACAGGAAGUCCUAUAGCAGCAGGGCUAGAGGUGAGCAGGCCUCCUCUCUGGAGACCACUGCUGGACAUCUGUGGGCAAAGCAGACAUCAUUUAUGUCAAUAAUCUGAAUAAAGUAGGUGUACACAAAUAUGCCAAAAGGUUAUAUUUCAGGUUUAUCAUUAUUCAUGUACAACAAUAGGCAAAAAAAAUAUAAAAAAUACUUGAAAGGAAAUCUGUUGAGAUAAAAAGGGCUAAGAGCUGGUGAGCAAUAUCCUUUGAGAAGUUUUAGUUAAAAAAGCUAUGCACUGUACGUAUGACAGCAAAAAUACUCAAACACUAUGCCAAGAUUGUGAACUUAACUGCAAACUGUAUUUAAAAUGAAGUCAAAAAAUGAUUGACUCUGCUCCUCUAAGUUUUAAUGGCCCCACUCGGGGAUAAAUAAAGUGACUGAAAUGAAAUCUCGUCUCAUUUGGUUCAGUUUUAGUGAGAAACAUUACUACUAUGACAGAUUUUAGACACUGACAUAAAGGAUCUUUAUGUAUGAGUUUGCAUUUUAUAUUGCAGAAGAAUGGCCUGUGCCCCAUGUAUGAGGUAUACAGGUUCAAAACAAAGAACUGUUAUUGAUAACUUUUGUAAUUAAGAAUAAAUCGGCAUUAGAAUAGUUAUGUCCAAUUUACUUGGCUAUCAGUUGACAGUCCAGUGUUUGUGUACAGCACUUUGGCCAGCUGUAAAGUUUUAAAAGUGCUUUAUAAAUAAAAUUGUAUGGUAUCAGUUGGAAUGCUGAACUCCAGCACUGAAA